UAUGUUCCAUACUAUGAUGAUUUGUCCCGUGUUGUCGUGACGUCAUGGUUUCGGCGGAGGACCGGAAGUUGUGUCCUUAGUUCAAAAUAUUUGUGUUUCUUUUUAUUUUUUAGCUUUAUUGAUGGCGUUUACAGUUUGGUUCGUAACGAGAUGACGCAGGUCUGCGGUCAUAUACAAACCUUACUAUUGUAUAAAUCUACAUAAACCAGUAAAUCAUGGGCAACGGAAUGAAUAAGGUUGUUGAUGGUCUCUAUCUUGGAAAUAUCAGAGACUCGGAGAACAGAGACAGUCUGUCCCGUCAUGGCAUCACCCACAUCCUCUCUGUGUGCAAUAAUGCCAAGCCUGUGUUAAAGGACAUGACCUAUCUGUGCAUCAAUGCAGCCGAUGCCUCUAGCCAAAAUCUGUCACAACAUUUUAAAGAAUGUAUUGGCUUUAUCCAUGAGAGUCGACUCAAUGGAGGGGCAUGUCUAGUUCAUUGUCUUGCUGGAGUGUCUCGCAGCACUACCAUGGUAGUAGCUUACCUCAUGACCGUCACUUCUUACGGCUGGGAGGAGUGUCUGAGUGCUGUGAAGGCUGUGAGAUCCUUUGUGGGCCCAAAUAAUGGCUUCCAGCAACAGCUUCAGGAGUUUCAGAUGAAACAUGUGUCUGAGUACCGGACAUGGCUGCAGGCCAGCUACAGACCCAGUCCCUUCAAUGACCAGGAGCAGGUUCAAGCUUUACUAAAUCUUUACACUGAACAACAGCAACAGGCCCAGCAGCAUGAAGAAGAAUGGCUGAACCAGUCCUCCAGCACCUGCUACCUCCCCUACAAAUGAUACGGCACACCAGGCAGCAACAGAUGAGAGAGGCCCUGCUUUAACCUCAGCCAGACAGUAAUGCGGCCUUGGACGAGCCAGAGUUGAGGACUUUCAUUGGUGUACUAGACUCAAAUGUGCAAGUGAGAUGAAACUUGAGGCAUCUUCUUGUGUCUUUUAGCUUGAGUUGAAUACAAAACUUGGCAUAAUGAAGCGGUUGUAUAAUACAGAGCUAAUAAAGAUUAACAACAUUUAAUAAAGCUGAAGUUCUAACAAAAUAUUAUUAUAGAUAAAGGUGUAGAAUUUACGCACUUUUGUUCUCUCUAAAUAUCAAAAUAAACACUGAAACGAUUUGUGUGUGUAUUUAACAUAUUUAGCACAGAGUCAAUGUAGAAGACAUACAGUACUGUAUAGUAUGCUGAUAGGAGCACUUCACUCAUGGUUGUCUUUGAAAUAGUUAGAUAUGACGGUUUACAAAAUAUGGGAGAUACUUAGUUGAAUUGAAUGUUUGUGUUCUAUGACUUUCCUGUUGAUGAUUUAAAAUAAAGCAACAUUGUGAAUAUUGCGAUUA